AUGUUGGGAGUGUUUAGCAGCUCGAUAGUUUCGCCGCCGGAAGAGCUGGUGGCUGCCGGAAGUAGGACGCCAUCGCCGAAGGUGACAGCGGCGAAGCUGAUGUCCCGGUUCCUGGAGACGAACUCAUCGGCGGUGUCCAUACAGAUCGGCGAUGAUGUCCAGAUGGCCUACACUCACUACAAACAGUCGGCUUUACAGCCCAGAUCAUUUGCAGUUAAGGAUGAAAUGUUCUGCUUGUUUGAAGGUGCGCUCGAUAACUUGGGGAGUCUGAAACAACAAUAUGGCCUUGCAAAGUCUGCCGAUGAGGUAAUUUUGGUGAUUGAAGCCUACAAAGCACUUCGUGACCGGGCACCGUACCCGGCGAACCGAGUCGUCGGCCACCUCGAGGGGAAUUUUGCAUUCAUGGUAUUCGACAAGUCGACCUCCACUUUAUUUGUGGCUACUGACCAAUUUGGCAAAGUUCCUCUCUACUGGGGUAUCACUGCUGAUGGAUAUGUCGCAUUUGCCAACGAUGCUGAUUUGCUAAAGGGUGCUUGUGGCAAAUCACUUGCUUCCUUCCCACAAGGUUGCUUCUUUUCCACUUCAGUCGGAGAACUUAGAAGCUAUGAGAAUCCAAAAAAUAAGAUCACUGCUGUUCCUGCUACCGAGGAAGAGAUAUGGGGAGCGAAGUUCAUGGUGGAAGGGCAAAGCGUUCUGGCAGCCACAAAAUAG